UGCUCAUUUUUUGACAGCGACGAUGUGGCUCAGUCAACUCAGGCAAAAGCCUUGAUCAGUCCGCGGAAGAGUAAAAGACCAAAGGCUAUUAAAACCGUUCCGGAUGAGUUCUUUGGUGUAUAUUGCUUGAUUAGCCGAAAAUCGUUGUUAUAUCGGUUAUACGGUAGACCCAAAUCGACGAAUUCAGCAGCACAACGGGGGACGAGAGAAGGGUGGGAUAUGGUCUGCAUUAUUCAUGGUUUCCCUAAUAGCGUAGCAGCAUUGCGCUUUGAAUGGGCUUGGCAGAAUCCCGAAAAAACGCGGGUUCUCAAGGGUCUCUCAUUGAAGAAAACAAAAAAAGAAACGCCGUUCGCGUACAGGCUGCGGGUUGCGUGCUAUUUGCUGAACAGCCGACCUUGGAAUAACUUUGCGCUCACUUUUCGUUGGUUGUUGCCGAGCGAAGAACUGCCUUUCCCAGAAGAGGUCCUUCCGCCCAAGCAUGUGCAGAAGGUAUAUGGACUGAUAGAGAAAUCGUCCACAGAAAUAUUGCCUACAAGUGAUUGUUACGUUGAAAAGGGAGAGUGCCGACUUUGUGGUAAUAAUAUUGAAAAGCUCACCCAGCUAGUUCGAUGUUUAUCUUGCGCUGCACAUUAUCAUGCAAAAUGUUUAGCCUCGAAAAACUUGAAGAAUGAGCGAUUGCUUUAUCCCGUGCAAGGGACUUGCCCCAGCUGUUCCCAAAGCUUCCUGUGGGGUGACAUUAUCAGGGAUCAACGGAUGAUCAUACGAGUCAGUGAGGCUCAAACUGACACCUUGAUGAAGGACCUAAUUCCUCGUUUGUUGAAAAGCUGA